AAGGCCCUCUACCAGGAAGGUUGCGCCCUGUCCGCCUUAGGCGAAUAUAAGGAUGCUCGGUGUAUUUUUAUGCAGGCUCAAGCCAAGCAGCCCGAUAACAAUGAGAUCAGUGCUAAGAUUACUGACCUGGACAAGAAAAUCAAAAAAUACAAAGAGGCAUCUCAGGACAUUUGGACUCGUGCGUUGUCAGGCCAGAAGUUUAAAGAAGUAAAGGAUGAAACCAAAUGUAAUCCCAGUGUUGAAGAACUUGUGAAGGAGCUUGAGACUUCCGAAAAAUCGUCGGUGGCACUUUUGCGGGGUGCCUAUAUAAAAUCGGACAUUGUAAUGUUAUCCAAAAUGGCCAAGGAGCACAAAAUGAAACUAACGGUGUCCCCUAUUGUGUCACAUAAAUGAACAGUUUGUUGUGUU